AUGAACAUAUACACAUCGCCCACGCGAACAUCGAGCAUCGUGUCCAAGAGUGGCCAAAGGCCAUGUCUGCCCAUGUUGGCCACAGAUGGAAAAACUAUGGACAAGGGAAGCCCGAACGAAGACUGCGAAUCCGUACCUUGUUCGGGCUUGGACGUGCGCAAAAUCUACCCGAAGGGUCCAUUGCUUGUUCUCCCAGAACGAAUUUACCUUUAUUCGGAACCCACGGUAAGGGAGGUUUUGCCCUUUGAUGUGGUUAUCAACGUCGCUGAAGAGACAAACGAUUUGCAGACGCAGGUUCCAGCUGUCGAGUAUCACCACUACCGAUGGGAACAUGAUUCGCAGAUUAUGCUGGAUUUGCCCUCCUUGACUAGUAUCAUACACGCAGCUGCGACGAAGAGAGAGAAGAUACUGAUACAUUGCCAGUGUGGACUGUCGAGGUCAGCAACGCUGGUAAUUGCGUACAUCAUGAAAUACCAUCACUUGAGUCUGAGGCACUCAUAUGAUCUGUUGAAAUCAAGGGCAGACAAGAUAAACCCUUCCAUAGGGCUAGUUUUCCAGUUGAUGGAAUGGGAAGUCGCUCUUAACGCAAAGAAUAACGUGCAAGCUAACGGCUAUAGAAAAGUACCGUGA